AUGGCGUCUCUUUCUCUCAGCUCCGUUCACUUUUCUUCAACUCCGUCUCGCUCCACUGUUUCCACUUCUCCGUCUCCUUCUCUACCUAUCUUCCGAUCGUCGAUAAGCUGCCAUUCCCGGCGCCUUCGCCGUCGUCUCUCAUUCUCCCUCAUCCCUUGCCGGACUUCUCACUCCUUCGGCGCUUCCGCUUCUCAGAUUAAGUGUUCGCUAGAUGAGCCAUUGAAGGUGAUGAUCUCUGGUGCACCUGCUUCAGGCAAAGGCACUCAAUGUGAGCUAAUAGUUCAGAAGUUUGGUUUAGUGCACAUAUCAACGGGGGAUCUCUUGAGGGCAGAGGUUUCAUCUGGGACAGAUAUUGGCAAGAAAGCAAAAGAGUUCAUGAAUUCGGGUAGUUUGGUUCCAGAUGAGAUUGUAAUAGCGAUGGUGGCUGGAAGAUUAUCACGUGAAGAUGCUAAAGAGCGCGGAUGGCUUCUUGAUGGAUUUCCGCGAACUUACGCGCAGGCACAAAGUCUCGACAAACUAAACGUCAGACCUGACAUUUUUCUCUUAUUAGAUGUUCCUGAUGAAAUUCUAAUCGACAGAUGUGUUGGUAGGAGGUUGGAUCCAGUGACUGGAAAAAUUUAUCAUGUUAAAAGUUACCCUCCUGAAUCAGAAGAAAUUAAACAAAGACUAGUUACACGCCCUGAUGAUACAGAGGAGAAGGUAAAAUCACGUCUGCAAAUAUACAAACAAAAUUCUAAAGCGAUUAUUUCUGCGUACUCGGAUGUUAUGAUCAAGAUUGAUGCAAACAGGCCGAAAGAAGUGGUUUUCGAGGAGAGUCAGACACUACUAUCUCAGAUACAGUUGAAAAGAAUGAUACGGACUGAUAAAGCAUCUCCUGUUCAGGAUAAUUGGAGAGGAAUACCGACAAGACUGAAUAACAUUCCUCAUUCGAGGGAUAUCAGGGCUUAUUUUUAUGAGGAUGUUCUGCAAGCCACAGUUAGAUCUAUCAAGGAUGGGAACACACGUCUUCGGGUGGACAUAAAUAUUCCUGAGCUAAAUCCUGAAAUGGAUGUUUACCGGAUAGGAACCUUGAUGGAACUGGUUCGAACUCUAGCUUUAUCAUUCGCUGAUGAUGGAAAAAGAGUGAAGGUUUGUGUUCAGGGAUCAAUGGGGGAAGGUGCACUCGCUGGGAUGCCAUUGCAGUUGGCAGGCACUCGAAAGAUUUUAGAAUAUAUGGAUUGGGGUGACGAUGAAACUUUGGGAACUUUCGUCAAGCUUGGUGGAAUUGGUGGUAAAGAAGUUGAUGAAGAAGACGACAUGUUCAUCUUAGUGGCUCCACAAAAUGCCGUUGGAAACUGUAUCAUAGAUGAUCUACAAGCAAUGACUACUGCUGCUGGGAAAAGGCCAGUUGUACUUAUCAAUCCUAAGCUCAAGGACUUACCGGCUUCAAGUGGCAUAAUGCAAACAAUGGGAAGGGAGAAAAGGCUUGAAUAUGCCUUGACGUUUGACAACUGUUAUGUGUUCCGGCUUCUCUAUUAUGCCGGAACACAAUAUCCGAUUAUGGGCGCUCUAAGGAUGUCUUAUCCUUACCGGUAUGAGCUUUACAAGAGGGUGAAUGAGGAAAAUGGAAAGGAAAAAUAUGUCUUGAUAUCAACAUACUCUGAAAGGCCAACCCCUGACCAAAUCAACGAUGCUUUCUCUGGAAAAACACGGGAGGAAAGCAAGAAGCCGUCUGGAAUCUGGAGUUUCCUUGGCAGCGGGUUUUUCUAA